ACGCGGGGAAGCGAAGGCGGAGGGAGGAAAAAACAAAAGCAGCCAACGGCUGUUUGGCCGCCUGCUCCGGCGCACGCGCGCGGAGUGGCGCUGGCUCGCCUGAAGUAACGCGCGGGGAGAGCGAGAAGCGACCGUCGCGCGGAGCCGCAAGCGUCACUUAGACAGGCAGAACAUGGCUAGAGAAAGGUGCUUGAAAAAGUCAUUUAAGGACAGCCUGGAAGACAUAAAAGAACGCAUGAAAGAGAAGAGAAAUCAAAGAUUGGCCAGGCUGGGCAAAUCAUAUGUUCUAGGCAAAUCAAAUGCAGUUCUGUCUGCCAAGGGUAUAAUUGCAGAUGACACUUCUAUGCAGCUGAAAAAUUUCAAAGCAAAUAAUAGAGCAUUAGCUCUGGCUUUAGAAGAGGAGAAAAGCAAAAUGAGAGAAGCACAAGAUAUCAUUCUGUAUUUACGGAGAGAAUAUCAGUCACUGAAGUUUCAGACGUUUGUCUUGCAAAGAAAGAUUGAAUUGCAGCAAAAAGAAGACGCUGAGGCUAGAUUAUUGACAGUGAAGAACGUUAUUUCUAAUGCUGUUCAAAACCUCCUUGAGGCAGCCAAUCUCCUUGGUCCAGCAAAGGAUUUAUGUACCACAGAAGCUAACCAGACCUUGUGUGUCCCAGCGCUUGAAGAAUGUGACUCCAAUUAUGGAAGAAACCAAACUGCCAUGACACUUCUAAAGCCUGACUUCACUAUAGAUGCAAAUAGGCAAGAAAAAACAUUCACAAGUGAAAUAGAGGAUAAUACAGACAAAAAUUCUUUAAAUUUUGCAUCUGAUUGCUGGCAGGAUGUGGAAAACAUCCCUACAGCCCUAACGCCGAAGGCGAAUAAAGGUUGGCCAAACAGUUCUAAUGAGGACUAUCACCAAAAUGAGAGCAUAAACAUUUCAUCAAACAAAAAGAAUAAGCAACCUGGUAAUUUCUUGCCUAAAAGCGUAUCUACCCGGCGUCGCUAUUUGAAGAUCCAAAACCAGACUGAGUUUUGUGUUUCUGAUGGUAACAAUUUAGAAAUAACUGACCAGAUUAAAGAAUCUUAUGAGCAAGAAAAAACUAGACCUGAGGAAGGUUUAAAGAUGACCAAUGAAGAAAUGCAUCUUUGUGAAGAGAAUAUAUAUCAUACAAACACAGAUCAAAGCCUGGCACACUCAUAUAUGCUGACUAAAUCUAAUAUCUCAGCAGCAGAUCUAAAGGAAACUGAUUUUAAUCGUCUUGGUGAUUCUCAAACACAGAAAGAGAGAGGUCAGAAAAGGAAACUGGAAGAAGUGAAAAAUCGUUCCAGAAUAAGAUCAAAAAAGAAAAGUCAGAGUAAACAUUCUUGUUCCAAAGAGAAAACAAAUUCAUCUGUGUGUCCUGGUGAUGCUUAUGACUUUAUUUUUGAGGAGAGCAUCCAUGUUACACCUUUCCGACAAAACAAAGAAAAUGAUGACAUCAUGGACAACAAAAGUUUCACAGAAGAAAAGUGUAGUGAUUCAUUUACAUCAGAAGAUGAUUCUGAUGACAGUCUCUAUGUGCCUUACAAAAACAAGUCAAAAUCUAGGAAAACAUUAAGCUUUGGAAGUGAUGCAGUCCCAGUACACACAAGACCACGAUUGAAAAAGACUGUUUUGGAACAGCAUGAAAGAACUACUGAUGGGAAGAACCAGAAUGCUGAAAAUGCAAAGUGUACAGAUAAACUGACUAGUGAAAGCAAAUAUAGUGGAUCUAAUGCCGUAAUGAAAAUUGCUGAAGAAGUUCCAUGUUCCAUUCUCACUGUAGUAGACAAAGAAAAAGAACACAAGAUUAGCUCUUCCUUUGAAAAUAUCAGCUUUAAAACAGAUAGACCUUCUGAAGGUCUUCAAAAGUUGCGUCAUCUUGGCGAUAUCACCAAUCUUACACCAUCCUCUACAAAAAUCAGAGAUUCCCUUCCUCCUGUCGCUACUGAGGAAAAAGAUUCUAUUCAUCAAAAACGCCGAUGUACAGUUAGCAUGUGCUAUAAGGAGCCACCUAUCAACAGGAAGCUUCGAAGAGGAGACCCUUUCACGGAUACUGGUUUUCUGAAUUCUCCAAUUUUUAAGGAGAAGAAAAGCUGCAACUACAAGUCAGUUAAAAAGAAAUCACUGUCCAGAUACAAUGAGGCAUUUGUUGGUGCAAAAUGUGUAACUUGAUUUGUCAGCUCAAGUAUGCUUACAGUGUAGAGAGAAGUAUUUUGGCCAAAUUCUGUUGCUGUUAAACCUGAACUGUAUGCUUGUAUAUAUUUUGACUUGUGGUUUUAGUUACGAUUUAGAUUUUAUGAACAUUUUAAUGACACUUUCCCAUCAUGCACAUGGACAUACUAUGACUUCCAGCUUAUAUAUUAAAAGCAAAUAGCCAUUCAACUGGAAGAUAUAAAGAGGAAGUAGUGCCUCAUUGAUAGUUAGAAAAGAGGAAAUUAUGUCCUUCAGUCUCUCUUUCUCCUUUCUUCCCUUUUAUAUUCUGGAAAUUAUACAGCCUACCACAUUUGAUAAUUAAUGUUGGCAUUCUGGGAACUACAAUUACCAGGAAGUGCUUGAUUGGAGAGGGGUAGUGAGGAAUUAAAAAAAUCAGAAUGAAGGCACUGCAAGAAUUUUCCUUUGGCUGCCACUGCAGUGCUCCUCAUAAACAGGUCAGAUGAAUUGAGUUAGCAGGGGAGGAAGUCGUUUUUGGCUUGGAUUUACUAUUGGAGACAGAGAGGAAAUGGGCAGCUCUGAAGGUCAACUCGCUUUGAAAUGGGCUUUCUGAACAAGCUGCUGUAGUUUGCUUGUAACCAACCAAAAGACAAAUAGUGCCCCCCCCCCGUCACCAUGGAGUACAAUCAACCAUUCCCUCAAAUAUUCAAUGUGCCACAGUUUUUAAUUAUUAAAGUGCUCAAAUGAUAAAUAACAGUGAAUUAUAAUUAAGGUACAAUACUGAAAAUGUAUCGCAAUCUCAUCUUUCAACUGGCACGCCAAGAGUAAAUGAUAUCCACCGGAAAUCCUAUAUCGAUACUUCUACUUAGCAGUUAAUAAGUAAGGCAUAAAUACAUGUGUGUGUGGGGGGGGGGACUAUGUGUCUUUUGGUUAGUUGCUUCAUACCAGUGGGAGCCUCAUGUGGUCUUUUGGUAGUUUGCUUGUACUCUGAGCCAAAGGAGUAUGAACUUUGCGUUUUACUGCCUAAACUUGGGUAGGAUGCCCAUUCUACAGAACAUAAGGUUGUUUUUCAUUUGACUGUAAGCCUUAUGAACUAGUGUUUAGUGUGAAAUGCAAAUCAGUUUAGCAGUAUAUUGAUUUAACUUCUAUGUAGAGGUUUCCAAACUGUCGCUUACUGUUAAUAAAAUUUAUAAUAAAUGUUUAAUAAAGUGGAAG